AGUCUUUGGGAUGGGUGUUGUUUUGCACAUUCUAGUGUUGUGUUUCCUUUUGGUCACUCCGGGGGUGGGGGCUUCUUUCUAAUCAAGCCUUUGUUUCUGGGCGUGUAAUUGUCUGCUUGCCCCUUUUGUGCAGCUCAUAUGGAUUUGAAUAUGAACGAAUGAAUAUGUUGCCUUGCUUCGGUAACCGCUUUUUUUUUAGUAUUUUUAUAUUUCUGAAGCAUGUGUAUGGUUUAUAUGAAUGAGUGCAUCUGUCUAGAGAACAUAUAUAUAUGUAUAAAGUAAAAAAAGUUUAUAUUGUCGGCAAUUACGAUGAUAGGGUACAUCCCAAAUGCAUGGUACGCUAUACAAAGUUUUUAGUAGUGUUGAUAUGUCCGAAUGGAUUGAAGUUGUAAUGAAUAACCGUACUAUUUAUGUCUGUAGGUAUGGUAUCCCCUAAAUUUACGUCCACCUAUAAACCCUCUCUCUUGCUAUUAUUAGAGGCAUCCGAGCACAGACGCCGUCCUUUGCCUCGAAACAUUAGAAAUUUCUAAUGUCUCCUUCCCCAAAACUACAUGCAAAAGGGUAACAGAGAUCUGCUCAAUUUCAUAGGUUUCUGUGUUGUUCAAUCCUAAGAGCGGUCAUUUUACCAUUCACAAGAAGCCAUUUUCUUCGAAACAUUUUCAUUUCAUCAUUCUCGUAGAUUCCAUUUCUUUUUCCUUUUCAGAGAUCCUUCUCUGAAAGGUUUCUGCCUCUGGAUUCAUCUUUCAGACAUUCGAGAACGCUUUUUUUAAAGAUCUGAUCCUUGGGUUUGUUUUUAGAGGGGGGGGGAGAGAGGUAGAUAUAAUAUAUAAGAGAUGGGGUUGGAUUAUUACAACAUAUUGGAAGUGAACAGGAACGCGACGGAGGAUGAUGUGAAGAGAUGUUACAGGAGAUUGGCCAUGAAGUGGCACCCUGACAAGAACCCUACCAACAAAAAGGAGGCUGAAGCCAAAUUCAAGGAGAUCUCUGAGGCAUACGAGGUUCUGAGUGAUCCUCAGAAGCGAUCGGUGUACGACCAAUACGGGGAGGAAGGAUUGAGCGAUAUGCCGCCUCCUGGGAGCACCGGAGGAGGAGGAGGCAAUGGAAGGGCAGGUGGGUUUAACCCAAGGAAUGCAGAGGACAUCUUUGCUGAGUUCUUUGGCAACAGUCCUUUUGGUUUCGGAUCAUCGGCUCCUGGAAGGUCCAAGAGGUUCCAAUCUGAUGGCGGCGGAAUGUUCGGUGGCGAAAACAUUUUCAGAACUUACAGCGACGGGCCAAUGCCCAAGAAACCUCCACCGGUGGAGAGCAAAUUGCCUUGCAGCCUUGAAGAGUUGUACUCUGGAUCAACUAGGAAGAUGAAGAUCUCAAGAACUGUUGUUGGUGCUAAUGGGAGACAGAUGGAUGAGAUGGAGAUUCUGACUAUAGUGGUGAAGCCCGGAUGGAAGAAGGGGACGAAGAUAACAUUUCCGGACAAAGGGAACGAGCAACUGAAUCAGCUUCCGGCUGAUUUGGUGUUCAUCAUCGAUGAGAAACCGCACGAUGUGUUCAAGAGAGACGGGAAUGAUCUUAUCACAAGCCGCAAAGUCACGCUAUCAGAAGCCAUUGGAGGAACAACAGUGAGUAUCAGCACCCUUGACGGGCGGAAUCUGCCUGUUGCUGUGGCAGAAGUCAUCAGCCCGGGGUAUGAGCUCGUGGUUCAUGGAGAAGGGAUGCCGAUAGCGAAAGAACCAGGAAACAGAGGCGAUCUCAUUAUCAAAUUCGACGUUCAGUUCCCGACACGGUUGUCCACUGACCAGAAAUCUGCGCUUAAACGUGUCUUGGGGGGUUGAAGGUGAAGAAAUCUGCAAAUUGAGAUCCGAUUCAUUCUCGACCAAACACCGUCAUUCACUAGUUCUUUGUAACACAUUGUAGCAUCAUUCAUGUGUUUGUAACAAUCGAUACAGAUUUUCAGCUGAGGAAUGAACCACACUUUUGCGUGCAAAUACA